GAUAAAACUAUAGCAGUAGGCUAUAUACUAUAAGAAGUAAAUCUUCUAGUCUUAAAGUUUUUGAAAAUGACUUCUGUAUAUGUUUGUUUUGCAGUGUAUGCUUUAUGCGUGUCAUUAAUUACGUCAGACUCAAGACUAAAUUUCAUUGCAAAUUCUGAAGUAAUAAAAGAACUAAUCCAGCCGCUAGUUAUGAGAUGUUCCAUUCAGACACCAAACAGUGAAGGAAAUGGAAGUAUUGCAGUUACAUUUAUGAACAUACUUCAUGAAACAACCGGAAGUCUUGCCACCGUGUCUAAAAAUAACAAAUAUGACCCCAGUUCAGACACAAGUUUGAAUAAAGUUCGAGGAUAUCUUUCAGAUCAAGGAUCAAAAGAAUCUUAUCUCCAAAUAACAUGGACAAAUCCAACUUCUCUACAGACGGGGAAAUACACCUGCGUAGCACGUACCAGAAACUACGCAGGAGUUGUGGAAAACUUGGAGGCCACUCUAACAGUUAGUGUGACGAAAACCAGUUUCGAUGAUUUGGUGGAUGUUGUCGUCGACGUUCUGAAAAAUUUGGAUGUUGAGAAGACGAAAAUAAGGGUACUACAAGAGAAGCUUGAUAAAGUUAUAACAAUACCAGAUUUGUCCUGUAAAGUUGGCUACAAUCUGAUCAUGCACGGAUCACUUUAUGCAUGUGUCUGGGUAUCCAAAGUUGAAAAGAAUUACAUUGACGCUAGAGAUGAUUGUAAAGAAAAAGGGGGACAUUUAUUAACACUAAAGACUCAUGAAAAGUUUCAACUAUUUUUAAGAAAUGACCCUGGCAGAUAUUUGUGGAUCGGUCUGAAUGACAGAGAGUCAGAGAAUACUUUCAGAUGGGAGGACGAUAAUUCGAUCUGCAACAUUUAUUGCCAAGAGAAAAUCUUUGCAACAGGUGAACCCAACAAUAUCAACAACGAGGACUGUGCGGCUUAUUAUCCCACAAGACACAUAGUGAACGACAAUGAUUGUGAAUCAUUAAACUACUACAUGUGUGAACAUCCACUCUAAAUAAUUCUAAGGCCUAUUUCAUUUAUUUUGCGGUUAUAUAUUUUAAAGUUACAAGACUGGAACGUAAUUACAGAAAUUCAAAAAGAUGUUUACCAAAAAAAAUCACGAUUUUGAUUUUUAGCUAUCACGGAGAAGAUACAAGACACGAUCGCAACAACAGCACAGAAUAACUAUUUUUUCUCUUAUGAAUUUAAUUACUAAAUCAAAUGCAUCUUUCUAGUAUCUACUUUACAUGUAAUGUUUGAGGAAUACAGAAAUAUAUUUUGUGUGCUAUUCGAGCUAUCAUAUUAAUCGCUUGCUCUUAUAAUGUAAAGUUUAUGAGUAAAAUACA